AUGCGAUCCUGGUUGAGAGGGUGUUCCUCGAGCAUUCUUGCGUGGCGUUCGGCUCCCUUUGUUGCGACUUGCGAGAUAUCACGGGAGACCUUCACUAAUUCUGCUCCUCCCCUCGAAAAGAUCAUAGUUUCAGAAUUACCAUUGCCUCCCACAUCCCCGUCUGAAGAUGUUGGAGCUUGCUCAGGAACCAUCAACCCUCGCCGUACUGGCUGCAUCAGCAAGACUCAGGAACUUAGAAAUGGCAAUUUUCUUCCCAACAGCCGUUAUAUCGUUGCGACUAUUCAUUUUGCAGGAGCCCCUGCGGCUCCUGAUCCGGGAAGCAUAUACACCGGGGAGCAGUUGAUCAUCAUCAAAACGGAUGGCAAGCUUUUCCCUAAUGGGGACCCUUGGAAGUGUAUCACCUGCGGGAUGCCAGCUGAGAACAAACAGGGGAGCACGGCGAUCCUAGAAUACCCCCAAGCUUUCAAGGACGGGCAACGUGUUCUAGCGGGGAAUAAUAUCAUCGAUGGAGGAUACCCACUCGACAGCCCGAAAUGCACUCCCAAUACAACACACAUAUACCCAAUUCGGUGGGGUACCAGUGCGGACAACUCUGGCAAUGGUAGCUCAUUUCGGGAAAACCGUCUACAUCCCGACAACGUACACAUGGGGUUUAGCGCAUUCACCUUCACUGCCACGGAGAUAGGGGAGUUUGCAUUCUUCUCACGGUUACUAUUCAAUCCCGCGCCCGUCUUGGGUCUUCCUCUCGUCCCUCGCUACGACCUUGUAAAUGUUACGCGCCUGUUCGAUCCAACCGCACCGCAGCGCAUAACUGUGGAUGGGAAUCAGCUAAAAUUCAACUUUAGCGCUGUUAAUAUUGGUGAGCUUCGUGGGUUCUCUGGCAGUGGGGACGAGAUCACAUAUGUUGGUUUCAAUCGCGAGUCGGGGAACACAGAUCUUUUUGCUGUCAAAAUCCGCACAGGCACCGUCCGCAGGCUCACGGAACAUCCUGGAUAUACCGAUCCCAUUGACUUUAGUCCUGAUGAUAAGUGGAUGGUUAUCCUCGAUACCCGUGGAACGGAUCGGGUUGAGUUCGUGAGCGGUAUGCGUCACGUCCCACCAUUGAUUGACUUGGUCGCCAACAAAGCUACAACCGCUGUUCGCAACAAUGGCGCACGUAGGUUCUUCCAACCAUGGCUUUUAGACCGAUCAGGGGAUCGAGGAAGCUAUUUCGGUCAGAAACUCAACGCUGGGGAUAACACCCCAGGUAGCAUAAGCGAUCCACAAUGGAAUGCACAGGCAGACCCGAGAUGGUCGUGGGACCAAACACAAAUUGCCUAUUACCAAGCCCUUACAGUGUCUCCGGCUUGUGGUGGCAUGAAUCCAUUACCAUGCCCCGUAUCAACAGCGCAAGGUGGGCGCACGUAUCGAAUCAUGCUGGCUAAGUUUCCCUCACGAACUCCGCUCAAGAUACGGGAGGUAUCUCCAGUAUCUGACAUAAUCCCAUGGGGCGUCCCGGUUAAUCCAGGAGACAAAAACCCUACCCGUCCUGGUCCGCCGCCGGGAAAUUACGUUCUGAAAGGUAUCUCAUCUGGCUUCGCCAAUGUAACCUUUAAAGGAGAUGCCGCCACGAACGUGUUGACCAGUGUCGCUGUCACCUACCAUCAAUUCUCAGAUGACGGACUCAAUUUCCUCGAAGGAAGCGAAGACGUGAACUCGACCACCUUAUCCGUAUCAAAAGUCAAAAUUGACUGGCACUCGAAUCUCACUCUGAGUGGCCAAAUGCAGAGCACCAAAGUUACCAGCCCAGAAGGAUUCCACGUGAGCAUUGACCUAUUUGAUACGGUAUUCGAGGCAAAUGGCACAUUGACUACCACUGUCAAUGGCAAGGUUUACAAGCAACCAUUGAACAACGCCUGA